AUGGUCAACCGCGAGAAGAAGCGCAAGAAGAGCGUCGGCCUCGGCGCGAGCGAGAUAGCGUUCAUCGAAGAUGAGAUCGCCGCCGUCGCCAUGGAGUACGGCCUCGAGAUGGACGACGACGUCGCCAAGAACAUUGCCAAGCGCAAGCCGUCCUCGAAGCGCAAGUCGUCGGCCGUCGUGGCGCAGCCCGCCAAGAUGGACGCGACCGGCCUUCUCGAGCUCCUGCCCAAGCAGUGCCAAGUCGGUCCGUGCAAGUCGCCGGGCUGCAACUGCCGCGGGUACAGCGUCGACAAGAAGAAGCACGACCAAUGCCACAAGUGCGACCACGGCGUCUUCCUCCACUCGCUCGUCUUCACCAAGCGCGACGACGACGCCAAGGGCCUGCAUGGACAAGUACUCAUGGGGCUCAUGCACUCGAUCGUGGUGCUCGGCCGGCUCGCCGGCUCGGUCGUCGGGUCGCACGCGUGGACGCAGGCGAGCCUCGAUCUCCUCUCCAGCGCCUUGAAUGAACACCUCAAGGACCACCUCAUCAAGCACCAGAACGACAAGGAGUUUGCCGCGGAGCGCCCGCUCAUGACCAAGCUUAGCACGGAUCUGCACGCGCUCAUCACGGCCGCAAUGCAAGCGGUCGCUGCGAGUGGCCGCUCCGAGAUGCGCAUCAAGCUCGCUUGCUACUUUGACCAAAUGUACUUUGGCAUCUACCACACGACGCUGUGUCUCUAUGGUCGUGGCUGCGGCGCCGUGCCGUCGCCGGACGAGUACCUUCAGCUGCUCACGACGCACGGUGCAUCGUCGGACCGCGACUACGAGGUCUUCAUUGCGACCGAGCUCCUCCGCGACGGUCUUCCAGAUGAUUUCCAUGCGCCGUACGAGAUCUCCAAGCGCCAUAAGGAUCCGAUCGUGCUCUUUGAGAUGCUCCAAGCCCGCUUGCGUGAGGGCAUCCAGCUCUUUUACGAGCCAGGCAUGGGCAUGGGCGGCGAAAUGGACAAGGCCAUUGCGGACCUCGGCCGCUCGACGACCAACGCCAACAAGCGCUUGACGAAGAAGCAGCGCAUGAACCAGCACAAGGUCGUCGCCAAACCGAAAGCGUCGGUGCCGGCGUACCCGCUUUUGCAGCAGUGGCGCGAAAACGUGCGUGUGUGGCUUGACAAGCUCUACGCGCCGGCGAUCCCGCACCCGGACGCGCUCAAGGCCAUCGCCGCACACUCGCCGCUCAUCGAGAUCGGUGCCGGGCUUGGCUACUGGAGCUCGCUCUUGCUCAAGCAGAAGGCCGACAUCCUUCCGUUCGACAAGCAGUCCAAGCUCAAGUGGUCGACGGACAUGGCGCCUAUCGACGUCGACGACGACGAGGUCAUUGAAACCCUCGACGCCAUCGUGCCGCCGUUCACCAAGGUAUACGAAGGCGGCGCCGAGGUGCUCGAGCUCAAGCCGCUCAAGGGCCGCACGCUGCUGCUGUGCGCGCCGCCUCAGUCGUCGCUGGCGCGCGAUGCACUCCGCCACUACAAGGGCCGGUACCUUAUCCACAUUGGCGAGUGGUACGGCGAGACGGGCGACCGUCAAUUCGAGUGCGACGUCAUGAAGCACUUUACGCUUCUUCAGCGCAUUGCGCUGCCCAACUACACGGACACGGCGCACGAGGUGACGAUCUGGGACCGCAAGGCGACAUCGUCCGAGUUGGCCAUUGUGGCAUGCUCGAGCUGCGACUCGAGCCAGACGACGCUGCUUCGGCGCUGCACCUUGUGCAAGACGUGCACGUACUGCACAUCCGAGUGCAUGCGGCAAGACCACGACCGCCACUUGGCCGAGCACGCGCGCCGGCUCAUCUUCCUCCACGACGAGCACCUCCUCGAGUUUGAGAACCCGCUGCAUUUCGCGCCGUUCGACGCCGUGGAAGGCGGUCGCCGAGACGACACCGAGCGGGUUUUCCUUUAA